CAAUGAAUAAAGAUUAUGUUUUCUGAAUAAGAAGCUGCACAGUUUAAUUUAUGCCUUCACAGAUAUCUUCCGAAUUGAAUGUUGAGCACUAGUUUACUAUCAUGAACUCUAUCCUGGAUCGCGUAGCCAAAGAUUAUGGUAGACGGAACAGCUCAAGUGUGUAUAGUAGUGGGGAUGUCUUUGAGCCUUUGUCAAGUAGUAACGCUAAGCAACGGGCAAAAUUGGUAGAAUGGUUUAAUAGUGUUCUUCCUCACUUGAGUUUGCCAAUAAAUGCUUCUGAUGAGGAUUUACGAGCAUUGUUGAUUGAUGGUUCUGUCUUAUGCCAAUUAUUGAAUAAGUUGAAACCAGGUUCUGUACCUGAGUGUGGUGGUACAGUACACUCUCCAGAGCUAAGUUCAGAAAAUAUUAGAAGGUUUUUGUCUGCUAUGGAUGAAAUGGGCUUGCCCAGGUUCCACGCAUCAGACUUGGAACAGGGUUCCAUGAAAAUAGUACUGGAAUGCCUUUUAACACUUCGGGCAGAAUUUAAGCUGAAUGAUGGAGGAUACAAUUCGAGCACAGUAUUAUCCAGUAAAUAUGGGGCUGAUGCAAGCAGAAGAUGGAAACUGUUGGGUGAAAAUUUGGGAUGUGGUGAUUUUUCAUUCAUAGAAGAAUUUUCAUCAAGAACUCACUCUACCUCAUCCCUAGGAGAACGGAUGAAGACAGGAUCAGAUUCAAAAUUCCAGCGUGCGUUGAGAAGUCCUGUAGUGACAGAGCCAUCGGCCGCGUUAAUACAUCACGUUGGACAUAAGUUCCAUGAAGUAUUUCAGCUUAAACAAGGGAGCCACGCUGAAAUUCCUGCUGCAAGGAUUUCGGAAAUGAUGAGAUCUAACAGUUUGGAUAUUGCCCCAACGCAGUCACUUCUAAGUGUUGUAAAUGGGAUUCUUGAUGAAAGCGUUGAGCGGAAGAAUGGAGAGAUACCUCAACGUGUAGCGUGCCUAUUGAGAAAAGUGGUGCAAGAAAUUGAGCGGCGGAUAUCUACUCAAGCUGAACAUCUUAGAAUGCAAAGCAAUCUAUUCAAGUCUCGUGAAGAGAAAUACCAGUCAAGGAUCAGAAUCAUGGAAGACCUUGCAACUGGAACUAGUGAAGAGACACAGAUUGUCAUGAACCAGCUUCAUCAGAUUAAGAAUGAGAAGAACAAAGCGGAAGAGAAGAAGAAAAUUGAGGAGCAGGAUGUGCCUAGAUUGAAAGAGAAGGACGAUCAUCAUAGGCGAGAAAUCGCAGAUUUGAAGCAAGAAAUGGAAAUAGCUAAAAAAUUGUAUGAACAACACACCCUAGAAAUGAAAGAAAAGGCUACAGAAGCUCAACAAGAACUUGAGGAGAAGUUGAAGGAGGCCAUGAGCCUUUUGACAGAAUCAAGAAAUAGGAUAAAGGAACUUGAGACAUUUGCUCAAUCAAACUCUCACAGUUGGAAGAAGAAGGAGCAUAUUUACCAAAUAUUUGCAGACUUCCAGCUGGGUGCACUGCGUGAACUGAAGUUUUCUUCUCAGUCAAUAAGGCAAGAAGUGGUGAAAACUCAGCAGAGCUACGUGGAGGAAUUCAAUCAACUAGGUGCAGUAGUGAGAGCACUUGGACAUGCAGCUGCAAACUACUCUGCACUCCUUGCUGAGAAUCGCAAACUGCACAAUGAGGUGCAGGAGCUAAAAGGAAAUAUCAGAGUAUAUUGUCGAAUUAGGCCAUUCCUUCGUGGACAAAAGGAAAAACAAUCAGUUGUUGAAUACAUUGGAGAAAAUGGGGAGCUGAUUAUUGUAAAUCCUUCCAAACAAGGAAAGGAAGGCCGCAGGUCUUUCAAGUUUAAUAAGGUCUACAAUCCAGCUGCAACACAAGCUGAUGUAUAUUCAGAUAUUCAGCCAUUAAUACAGUCCGUGCUUGAUGGAUAUAAUGUGUGUAUAUUUGCCUAUGGUCAGACUGGAUCAGGGAAAACAUACACCAUGACUGGCCCAGACAAAGCGACCGAGGAGAAUUGGGGUGUCAAUUAUCGAGCUUUAAAUGAUAUUUUCAGAAUUUCUCAAACGAGAGUGAACACCUUCACAUUUGAAAUUACAGUUCAAAUGAUGGAAAUAUAUAAUGAACAAGUUCGUGACUUACUCUCAAGUGAUGGUUCAGCAAGGAAACUUGGGAUAGUGUCCACCCCCCAGCCUAAUGGAUUAGCUGUUCCAGAAGCAAGCAUGCAUACAGUAAACAAGACCUCUGAUGUCUUAAAUUUGAUGGAUAUUGGAUUAAGAAAUCGACAUAGAGGUUCCACUGCAAUGAAUGAAAGAAGUAGUCGGUCGCACAGUGUUGUCACUAUUCAUGUUCGUGGGAUGGAUAUUAAGAGUGGUUCAUCCAUGCGUAGUAGUCUUCAUUUGGUGGACCUUGCUGGAAGUGAAAGAGUCGACCGCUCUGAGGUGACUGGCGAUAGACUGAAAGAGGCGCAGCAUAUAAAUAAGUCAUUAUCUGCCCUAGGAGAUGUCAUUUAUGCUUUGGCACAAAAGAAUGCCCAUGUCCCAUACAGAAACAGCAAGCUGACUCAAGUCCUUCAGACUUCAUUAGGUGGUCAAGCAAAGACACUUAUGUUUGUACAGCUUAAUCCUGAAGUUGGUUCACAUUCAGAAACCACGAGCACAUUAAAAUUUGCUGAAAGAGCAUCUGGAGUAGAGCUAGGUGCUGCUCGAAGUAGUAAAGAGGGCAGGGAUGUAAGAGAUUUAAUGGAGCAGGUGUUCUUUAAACUUUAAAUGC